CUCCACUUCACAGAUCCCCCUCGCCAGUCGCCACCGCCACCCCCCCUUUCUGUGGCUCCCUCUCUCCCUCUCAUUGCCAGAGUCCAUAGAGAAGGAGAGAGAGAGAGACAGAAAGUGAGAGAGAGCUUCUCUCUCUUCCUCUUAACCUCCGUUAACGUAAUGAUUCCCUCCCUCCACCCCUAGCCGCCUAGCAGAGAUGAAGCUCAAGCAUCCGUCCAACUCGACUUCCAAAACCUUGUCAGCAACGACGUCGUCUCAGGACGCCAGGCUCCUCGUUCGUGAGACGCUUCGAAUCAGCGCCAACCUCGCCUCCGCGCCUCGUCCUGCUCUUCCUCCUCCGCCUAUUUCCGCUGCCGCCGAUGGAAAUGUCGCCACCUUCGGACUUGUCGAGGAGCAGUUUCUCAAUUCUAGCCUGAGGUUGAUAUGCCGCGAGGAGAUCGAUGGUCGCCGGUGGGAGUACUUUGCUGACCUCGAUAACUCCAAGCAAUUUAGGAAGAAUUCCAUUCGUGCUGUUAGCUUGCAUUCUCGUCAGGCUCCUGGCCAAGAGUUGAUGGCAUUUAUAAGAUCGUAUGUUGUGCCAGAAGGUUUUCCUGAUUGUGUUACUCCGUCGUAUGUGCCGUACAUGACAUGGCGAGCUCUGAAGCACUUUUUUGGUGGAGCGAUGGGUGUAUUCACGACACAAACUCUCUUGAGUUCAGUUGGAGUUUCUAAAAACAGGGCAGCCCCCGGUGCUGUAGCUAUCAACUGGAUUCUCAAGGAUGGUGCUGGUCGUGUUGGAAAGAUGAUUUUUGCACGUCAGGGGAAAAAAUUUGAUUCUGAUCUUAAACAGCUUAGAUUUGCUGGUGAUCUGCUAAUGGAGUUAGGAGCGGGUGUAGAAUUGGCAACUGCAGCUGUGCCCCAACUCUUUCUUCCUAUGGCUUGUGCUGCAAAUGUUGUUAAGAAUGUUGCUGCGGUCACAUCAACAUCAACCCGUACUCCAAUAUACAAGGCCUUUGCCAAAGGUGAAAAUAUUGGGGAUGUGACUGCUAAAGGAGAAUGUGUUGGCAAUAUAGCUGAUCUGCUUGGAACUGGACUCAGUAUCAUGAUUGCUAAGCGAAAUCCAUCCUUGGUUGCGACAUUUGGCCUCAUUUCAUUAGGAUAUUUAAUGAGCUCUUACCAGGAGGUGAAAUCUGUGGUGUUACACACCCUUAAUCGUGCAAGAUUCACUGUGGCAGUAGAAUCCUUCCUCAAGACAGGGCGAGUUCCCACACUUCGAGAGGGCAAUGGAAUGGAAAAUAUCUUCAAUUUUCCUUGGUCCAAGAACAGACCUAUUAUUCUUGGAUCAAGAUUUAAAGAUGCAUUUCAAGACCCUAACUCAUACCUUGCUGUGGAGCCUAUUUUUGAGAGAGAGCGAUACGUUGUGACAUAUAAUCCUUCUAAGGGUGGCAUAUAUGCAUUGCUCAAGGAUCAAGCUAAGUCUGAUGACAUCUUGAAAGCAGCUUUCCAUGCCCAUGUGCUUCUGCAUAUCAUUCGUUCAUAUAACGAGAAUCAGUCUUCAUCAAGCAAAACUGAAGGAAGAGUGAGUGUGCCGUCAAGUGCUAGUCUUCAAGGUCAUGUUGCAGAAUCUUACAAGAUGGUCUUAGCUUUAUAUGGGCCUUUCAAGAGCAAAGCUAAAGAACAAGGCUGGGUGAUGUCCGAAUCACUUCUUAAUCCUGACAGAGCUCGACUUUGUGAAUUGGUGAAAUAGAUUUACUGCAUGAUUCAUGGGAUUAUCUGGAAAAGAGCUCAAUUUGCCUCAAAUGCUUCAAACUUCAAGAGCCAGGCAGUUUUGUAUUUGAAAGGGAGUGCACGCGGUCAGUUGAUGGUGCCAAUGAAAUAUGGUGGGGAUAAACAUUGUUCUCGUGCCACCCUGCCUUCAGUAUAUGACUGCUGCACUAAGCAUGUACAGGGUCCUCCUAGUUCUCGAGAAUGGCUUCAGUUUUGUUGUUAUGGUAGAAAGGGAGUUUCAUGCUUUUCUGGAGAUGGCAAUGAUAGAUAGCGUUCUUGCAGGAAAAGUUUUGUGUUAGCUUGCUUCUUACCCUUUCCGCCCUCUGACCCAUCCAGACAACCAACCCCCCCCCCCCUCUCUCUUCUCUCUCCAAAAAAUAAAAAAAAAACCACCCAGCCCAAAAAAAAAAAAAAUGUUUUUUUUGGUCCAGUAGAAAUUUUGUUCCUUUGGUUUCUAGGUUCUUUUUGCUGGGUUUUUUGAGUCCUUUUCUCUUCCCAGAUGAUUGGCGUAAGUUAUGCCUUUCAUGUAGCCAUAGUUGUUGCAAAACACCGUGUGUUUAAUUCUGCUUGUUAAGGUCUGGUAGUCACCUAAACAAGUGGAAACUUGGUUUGGAUAUUGCAUCUGUAAGUAUAUAUAUAUAUAUAUAUUAUGUAGGACAAAACAAUUAACUAUAUGUUUUAUGAAAUGUAUGUGACUUAUUUGCAAGGCGGAAGGACAGAAUGUCUAGCUGUCAUUGUACCAUAUCUACUUAGAUUUCUA